ACUUCAACCCUUAAAAACCUGUGUCUUUUCUCCAAGUUUACCCUAAGUGUACCAUACCUUUUCGUUUUCCAUGGCUAACACCCGCCCUGGAAAAUGUGAUUUGGGCUCUUACACCAUUACAGGCAUCGACGAAGUUGUCAGAGCUGGGGAUUGUGUGUUGAUGCGGCAAUCAAGAACUGAUACGGUUCUACAUGUGGCACGUGUAGAGAGAAUCGAAGCUGAUAACUGCAACAAUAUAAAGGUUCAUGUUAGAUGGUAUUAUCGGCCAGAGGAUUCAAUGGGAGGGCGGAGAAAGUUUCAUGGAGCAAAGGAAUUAUUCUUGUCUGACCACUACGAUGUUCAAAUUGCCCACAGUAUAGUAGGAAAAUGCAAUGUUCAUUCUUUUAGGAAGUAUACUAAGCUUGAGAAUGUUGGUCCGGAGGAUUACUACUGCCGGUUCGAGUAUGAAACGGCAAGUGGAGCUUUUGUACCAGAUAUGGUUGCAGUGUAUUGCAAAUGUGAGAUGCCAUGUAAUCCAGAUGAAUUUAUGGUAAAAUGUGUGGAGUGCAAGGAGAGGCAUCAUCCAGCCUGUGUGGGCAUGACUAUUGAACAAGCUAAACAAAUAGAUCACUAUGUUUGUUCCGGUUGCUCGCAAUAAGGAACAUGUCGUAGUAGGAUUGAGGGAUUAAAGCUCGACCUACCUGAGAAAUUUCAGUAGCCACGCAGGAAAAAUUUGAUGUGUAGUCGUUUAGGUUCAAAUUAAACUCCGAAAUUAUAGUAUUGAAACUUUUUACUCUCUGUUCUUGAGUUUAAAUCUUUAUUUUGAGUGAUUGAAGCACGUUCA